AUGAGUGAGGAUCCAAUUCGUGAAUGGAUUCUUACAGAAGGAAAAGCGACUCAAAUCACAAAGAUUAGUUUUGUUGGUGGUGGAUGCAUCAAUCUUGCAAGCCAUUACCAGACCGAUGCAGCUUCUUUUUUCGUUAAGACAAACAGGAGUAUUGGACCUGAGAUGUUUGAAGGAGAAGCUCUUGGUCUUGAAGCUAUGUAUGAAACCAGAACAAUCCGUGUACCUAAGCCACACAAAGUUGGAGCGUUGCCAACAGGUGGAUCUUAUAUUAUCAUGGAGUUUAUAGAGUUUGGAGGAUCAAGAGGCCACCAGGCUGAAUUAGGAUUGAAGCUAGCUGAGAUGCAUAAAGCCGGGAAGUCUUCGAAAGGCUUUGGCUUUGAGGUUGACAACACUAUUGGCAGUACCCCGCAGAUCAAUACUUGGUCAUCGGAUUGGAUUGAGUUUUAUGGCGAGAAGAGAUUGGGUUACCAGUUAAAGUUAGCUAGGGAUCGAUACGGUGACUCUGCAAUUUACGAGAAAGGUCAUACACUGAUACAGAACAUGGCAUCUCUCUUUGAGAAUGUUGUCAUAGAACCGUGCUUGUUACAUGGAGAUCUCUGGAGCGGGAAUAUCGCAUACGACAAGAACAGCGAACCCGUCAUUCUUGAUCCUGCUUGUUACUAUGGGCAUAACGAGGCGGAUUUUGGAAUGUCGUGGUGCGCGGGAUUUGGAGAAUCUUUCUACAAUGCCUAUUUCAAGGUAAUGCCAAAACAACCAGGAUUUGAGAAGAGAAGGGAUCUGUAUUUGCUCUAUCAUUACUUGAAUCAUUAUAACCUCUUCGGCUCGGGCUAUCGUUCAUCUGCAAUGUCGAUCAUUGAUGAUUAUCUACGGAUGCUCAACGCUUAA